AUGAAUAGAGGUAGAGGCGGCUUUAGAGGCGGCCGUGGUGGAGCUGGUGUAAGACCAAAUUUCCAGCAAGGUCCCCCAGAUACAGUAUUGGAAAUGGGAUCUUUUAUGCAAUCAUGUGAGGGAGAUAUAGUAUGUCGCUCAAUCAAUGUCAAAAUACCCUACUUCAAUGCCCCAAUUUACUUGGAAAACAAGACACAAGUUGGUAAAGUGGACGAAAUACUAGGACCAUUGAACGAAGUUUUUUUCACGAUAAAACCAUCUGAGGGAGUCAAAGCUGAAUCAUUUAAGGAAGGAGAUAAGUUUUAUAUUGGACCAGAUAAGCUUUUACCAUUGGAGAGAUUUUUACCUAAACCACCAUCGAUAGGACCAAAGCCAAAGAGGAAGGCUGGUGCUGGAGGCGUUGGAGGUGGUCGAGGCGGUCGUGGUGGAAGCAGAGGAGGAUUUGGCGGUCGUGGUGGAAGCAGAGGAGGCUUUAGUGGUCGUGGUGGAAGUAGAGGUGGAUUCGGUGGUCGUGGAGGUGGUGCCAGAGGAGGUUUUGGUGGUCGCGGCGGCAGCAGAGGAGGUUUUGGCGGUCGUGGUGGAAGUAGGGGUGGUGGCAGAGGAAGAUUUUAG